AUGACUUUCCCUCCAAAUUCUGCCGAACAGGCAUAUCUAGACUUAUGCAAGAAAAUCAUCGAUGAAGGCGAACAUCGUCCUGACAGAACUGGAACAGGAACUAAAUCGCUUUUUGCGCCUCCUCAGCUUCGAUUCGAUCUCUCGAAUGACACUUUCCCACUUUUGACCACCAAACGUGUUUUCUCCAAAGGUAUCAUCCAUGAGCUUCUCUGGUUCGUUGAAGGGUGCACGGACGCCAUUAAGCUCCUGGAAAAAGGCGUCAGAAUUUGGGAAGGCAACGGCUCUAGAGAGUUUUUGGACAAUUUAGGACUUACUGAUAGACGCGUGGGUGAUUUGGGUCCAGUAUAUGGAUUCCAGUGGCGUCAUUUCGGUGCUGAAUACAAGACCUGUGAGGACGAUUACACGGGCCAGGGUGUUGACCAGCUCCAGGACGUGAUCAAGAAGUUGAAAACGAAUCCAUACGAUCGCAGGAUCAUCAUGUCAGCGUGGAACCCGCCCGACUUCCCACAGAUGGCAUUGCCUCCAUGUCAUGUGUUCUGCCAGUUCUACGUGAACUUCCCCAGCGAAACUCCAGAACCCAACUCCACCAAGCUGGCCAAACUGACCGCCAGACCCAAAUUAUCGUGUCUAUUGUAUCAGAGAUCGUGUGACAUGGGUUUAGGCGUACCAUUCAACAUUGCGUCUUAUGCCUUGCUUACCAAAAUGAUCGCCCAUGUGGUGGACAUGGACUGUGGCGAGUUCAUCCAUACUUUGGGUGAUGCACACGUCUAUUUGGACCAUAUUGACGCGUUGAAAACUCAGAUGGAACGCACACCCAAGCAGUUUCCUAAGUUGGUGAUCAAGGAAGAGAGACGAAACAAGAUCACAUCCAUUGACGACUUUAAGUUUGAAGACUUCGAGAUCGUGGGCUACGAGCCUGCUCCGGCCAUUAAAAUGAACAUGAGUGUAUAA